AUGAACUGUGAUGACACUUCUCAAGUGUUCAAUAGCACGCUGGUCAUAUACGUGUCGUCGGACAGUCCCCUGCGCUGGACGCCGGUGUUAGGUGACAGGAAUUCCACGGCAUUCAAAAAUGCCUCAAGAACAAUCUGUGAUGCGGUGGAUGAGGCUUACACAGGAGGACCUCUCAGAGAAGUGUAUGAACGCUGUGAAGUAACUGAAUUCUCAAAGGUUUCAGAAGAUAGAAUUUCAGCUAAUUAUAGAAUAAUUUUCAAAUCCAGCGCGGAGCAUUUCACUCCCGAUUUCGUUCAGACACAUUUUAAUAUAACGGCAUUGAAUGAGGCAAAUGGUUUAAACUUUAGCGAGACAGCAAUGGCAGCUUUCCAGGCAUUUGAUUUCUGUGCUUCUGGUCUUGACAAGUGUUCUAAACAUGGCAUCUGCAGUCCCACUGAAAACGGGGCUUACACUUGUCACUGUAAGGAAGGGUUCGUCGACGAAAGUGUCGGAGGUCUAGAGGGACGAGUUUGUACAGGGAAAUGUCCAGAAUGUCUUAAUGGAGGGGUGUGUCAGAAAAAUGAAGGGGAUUUGGCAUUUUGCAGGUGCAUUGAUGAGUUUACCGGUCCCGACUGUAGUGGGCCACAAGCUUUUACCGGUUGGCGACUGGCGUCUGUGUCUGCUGGAGGAGCGGUUGGUGCCGUUCUGGUCAUAAUCAUCAUCGUCAUCGCAUGCUUCACUCAACGUACUCGGCGCAGCCUGAAGAAAUACAAAAACAUGGUGGCCACUCCCCUUGUAUCUUCACCUUCCCCACACCAAACUUAUUCUGAUACCCCAGCUGCUGGUGGAAGAGCGAACGAGACAACACAGCACUCUCUCGGUCGUGAUAAUCAACUGGGAAAUUACCCUGAGGAAGAUUAUGAAUACUUGGAAGAUCGAUUAGCAAAAAUACAGAGUGCAGUAGACGCCACUCCGCCUAUUAAUUGGAACUUUGCCCGUAACAUUCAUCGAAGUUCCAGGUACGCAGUUGAACCGGGCACGUCAAGGAACCCUCGAGAUGAUGUCCCCUUCCGAGAAGAGGCCUAUACAAAUUUCACGACAGCACAAGUUCCGUUUAGACAGUACGAAACAACAGAAGGCAGAAGUGGUGGAGAUCGCCUUCUCCCUAGAAACGGGCAGAACUCUACUUUCUACAAUCCAGCGUACAGUUCAUAG